AAAAUGGGAAGCCAUCCCCUCCCAUCUUCAUCAUCAUCUCAUUAGCUCUUAACUAAACAAAAAAAUAGAGAAAAUAAAGAGUCAUGGCAAGUAUUUCUUCUAAAUAUGUUUCUACAUUACUUCUCAUUCUUCUAUCCAUUUGUCUCCACAUAAACUGUAGCUCAGCUGCUCGAGAUCUUGCCGAAACAACCAGCACAGAGUUCAUAAGAACAUCAUGUAGCGCAACUACAUAUCCAAAACUCUGCUAUAGUUCUCUUUUAACCCAUGCUAGCAAAAUCCAAACCAGCCCAAUGCUCCUAGCCAAUGCAGCCCUUAGCGUAACACUAGCAUCGGCUACAUCAACUUCAACGAUGAUGCAAAAACUCUCUCAAAGUCAUGGAAUGAAACCUAGGGAAGUAUCAGCAAUGCAAGAUUGCAUGGAGGAGUUAAGCAAUUCCGUUGACCAGAUCAGCAGAUCUAUCGAUGAACUGGGUAACGGUAAAGUUACCAAUUUCAAGCUCAUGAUUAAUGAUGUACAAACAUGGGCUAGUGCUGCCUUAACAGAUGAGAAUACCUGUAGUGAAGGGUUUGAGGGAAACCCUAUGAAUGGGAAACUGAAGACUCUUGUUAGGGAACAGAUAGUCAAUAUUGCACACAUGACUAGCAAUGCCUUAGCAUUGGUCAACAAAUAUGCCUCUCUACAUAGUUAGAUUAUCCAGAUAUUACCUGAUAAUAGUCAUUUGAAUGUGAUAAGGGCAAAGUGCUCAAUUGUUAGCAUUAUUUAUAGUGGGUUAGUCAUGUGUUGGAUUUGGAUAUGUAAAGUGUAUAUAUGUUAUGUUAUGAUAGUGGAAUUGAUUAAUGUUAAGUGGUAUAUUUAAAGGAUA